ACAGUCGCUUUCGGGGGAGCUGGAAAAAUAGAAGAAAAAAUUACUUAUCGCCACAAUAAUUGGCGAUUUUUCACACAACUGCAUCGGUCGGUCAUCGGGAUUGCGACAUUCGCCUCGAAAGAGAAAUCCACACUCAAGGACCUUGAUGGACACAAAGUGAGCUGCAGCGGAAGGUUUACUGGUUCCAAAUGUUUUCGCUGCCAGUUUGGUCGUGAAGAGAGAGAGAGAGAGAAAAAAGGGAACCUGUCGAAGACAACUCCUCCCCUUCUCCUUGGAAGGCCUAGCGGGACAGCCGGAGAAGCACCAGCGAGGACAGAGGACACUUAUUACGAGCUUCAACUGGAACCUACCCAUUGGCGCGCAUUUAAAAAUUAAACAUCUUUAAAACUGAAAACAUCCAAAACACCGUCACGAUGAGCCGAAAAAAUGAAACCGAGCGCACGAAGCAGAUCCAGGAAAAGUGCCAGAUGCUGCUGACGAAGAUGCUGCGCGACGACGACAACAAGUACUGCGUGGACUGCGACGCCAAGGGCCCUCGCUGGGCGUCCUGGAAUCUGGGCGUGUUCCUGUGCAUCCGGUGCGCCGGCAUUCACCGCAAUCUGGGGGUGCACAUUUCGCGCGUCAAGUCGGUGAAUCUGGACAGCUGGACGCCGGAGCAGGUGGUUUCGCUGGAGCAGAUGGGCAACUCGCGGGCCCGGGCCGUGUACGAAGCGUUGCUGCCGGACGGGUUCCGCAGGCCGCAGACGGAUUCGGCGCUGGAGAGCUUUAUUCGUGCCAAGUACGAGCAUAAAAAGUAUCUGGCCCGGGAGUGGGUUCCGCCGCCGCCGCCCAAGGUCGACUGGGACAAGGAGAUUGACGAGGAAAUUGAGCGGCAAAAGCGCAAGAAGAAGGCCGCUUCCAGUGGUGGGGGUACGAUUUCGAUUGGGAACUCGGCGACGUUGGGUUCCGGGGGAGACAAGAAGACUAGCUCAAGUUCGUCGAGUUCCACGACGGCAGCGGCGGCGACAGUGGCUUUGCCGAAGAUUAAGGCCCCGGCCAGCAGCAACAAGGCGUCGAGUAGGAACUCAACGGAGGCGGCGAACACUGGCAAUGCUAACAGCAAUACCAGCAGCAGCAACAGCAACGCCAACAGCAGUCAAGGAACGUCCGACCUGUUGGGGCUUUCGCUGGGAGUGGAAACGACAGCGAAGAAGACGAAUGGGGACACGUUGGACAUUCUGUCGAGUGGGUCGAACGAUCGGCCAAGUGAAAAGGCGGUGGACGAUUUUUCGAGUUUAGCCAAGGAAGAGGCGGACUUUUUCAACCAGGCUCCGAGCAAAGCCAACGACGCGCAGGGAAAGCUCACCAAGGACAAGAUCAUGGCGCUGUACGGGUCUGCUCCGGCGGUAGGAAUGGCCAACAAUCACUUCAACGCCAACAUGGGUGGCUUUGGGGGAUUCAACAGUUACCAACCAAACACAUUCCCUGCGGGUCCGGCGGUCGCUCCGAACCCCUACCAGAUGAACAAUGGUCAACAGGCGGUAGCGGGAGGAUUUGGCGCAUUCCAGGCGUUCCCCGCGGCGCCCAACGGAGCAGCGUUCAUGAUGCAAGGAGCACCCGCCCCGCAAGCCGCCAUGCUCUUCAACAACGGAUUCCAGCCUGUAGUGGCGCAAACCGCCCAGCCUCAACCGGCGGCAUUCGGUGCGAUCCAGUUCCCCAACCCGCUGCAAAACCAACAGGCCGCUUUCGUCGGCAUGGCCGGUGCGACGCCAAACCCAGCCGUUGCGGCAUUCGCAAACUUUCCUCCGCAGCCCAGCCAGCCCCAACCCGACAAACUAAGCAAUCAAUUCGGUAACAUGAACCUGCGAGACGUGUGGCAAUAACUUUAUUGUUUUCUUUUGUUUAACUAAGUGCAACGCUACUAACUGAAUUCCGACUACUUAUUAAAACAAGCAAACAAACAGAUAGAUGGGUAAAAGCAAAACAAAAACAUAUUACUAGUGAGAAGAACACACAGACAUUUACUUAGCGCGCGCAACCCAUCAAACGAUUCCUACCUUACUCGCGGCGCGCGCGUCAUCAAACAAACAGAAAUAUAUUUACUUAUAUAUUUUAAUACUUAAAAAAGCAACCCGGCGCCGUAAUGUAAAAAAAAUAAUCACGAGAUGAAGGAAAUGUAAAACAGGAAACAAAACCAACUUAGAGACUUCAGCUAACGAACGAUUAAACACAAUAAAAAAAACAAACUGCGCAUAAUCGCGAAGAGGAAAAGAAGACCGUACCUAUUAUCAUAAUCAUUCAGCCCACAAACAAGGGAAAAAACAAGCAAAAGUAUUCUCCAAUUUGCUGCUACUCGUUUAGUUUUCGCGCUAUCGAGUUGCAAAAGAAGAAAAUUAAAGUGAGGUUCUUUGUGGUAUUAAUCAAUUUCGUAUUUACUGAUUUUUACGUGUUAGCUAUCGUGUUGAGAUGAAAAGGGGACAAAGCAAAUCAAAUGUGUAAUAAAGAAAAGGCAGAAUUCUAAGAGUGCGAACAGUAGGUGAGUGAGCUGAGAGGUGCUGCUUGGCUAGAAAACCGCAAAUCGCCGCUUUAUCAUCCCGCCUAACUAAAUAGUGAAAAAAAAAAAACAUACAUAUAAAUCCAUAGAGAGACAGGAAAAAUACAGAAAAAAAAAACACAGACACACAUACCUAGCUAUAUGACAUUUAUUCUUGAUAUACAUAGUGAAAUAAAAAAAAGGCGGAGUUUGUCGAAGGAUAAAACAAAACGUAUAUAUGAAGAAAUUUAGAUAAAUAAUGAUUCAAUUAAA